CUGAAGCGCAAAGAACUCGCCGCGUGCCUUUGAAUUGGUUUUCUGUCCAUGAGUCUCAAUUGAUGAGGCUGAGCUCUCUUCAGCCAAGCUCUCGGGCUUUCUUUGAAGGUGAGAAAUCAGCCUGCACCCAAGGGCACGAUGCCAUCUCGCGAUGCCAUUGCGUCAUCAGGCAAUGCGCAUGCUCGCGGGUAUGAGUGUGUGAGCGGAGGGAGGUUCCUGACAUCGCACCGAGAGCAGCCGAACGUAAGCUACACUGUGAUAAAGCCUCAUGUCUUGUUGUUAUUGUUGUUGUUGCAGGUUGACCUUGAUCCCCCGGUGAUGAUCCUGGACCAGAUAUCUGCGGACUCUGUGCGGCUCACGCGGGCCGUCAGAGAUGGAACAGUGGGAGAGAUAAGAAACUACGUCAGUGCGCGCACAGAGAGGCAGCCGGCGUCUCCACUUGCACGAGUCUUGUUUCCUGUGUGAUGGAUGCAGGCAAAGGGAGGCAGCAGCAAAUCAGAAGAAGAGACUGAGGAGGACGAGCACGACAAACGACGAGUGUGUGAGCUCCUGCAGCCACAGGGCAUCGACUAUGCCUUUGGGGAGCCGGCCAGUCCCGCCACCAAGAGGCUUUUCCGGAAGGUCAUCCUGCGGAGCCUGACUGCGGCAGAGGAUGUGGCGAAACUGCUGGCGGAGGGCGCUACUGCAUGGAAUUCAUACAUUUAUUUCAUAUAUCCGGGCCCUGUGAGGGUGUCAGUCCUUCAACUGGUCAUCGUACAGGUACAGAAGAAACACCACAGGCUGCCUUCAUGCCAUUGCAAGCGGCGUUCUUCCUCCCUUUUUUGUCUUGCUCAGCUCGCCAUUGAUGAUCCAACCGAUUGCCGGUAAAGGAGCGUACACACCUGCUUACUCCCAGCCCCGGUCGUACCUUUUCUCUUUUCUGCAGAGACGACCCAAGGCAGUUUCCCCUGGAAGAAGCCAAGUGUCUGCAGCUCCCCAACUGGCCGUCCCCACAGGUGCAGACAGCCGUCCUCGACGGCAUGCUCACCUCAGAGAAGCACCUCAUCCAUCGUGGGGCCCUCACGAGGCUGCUGCGCUUCCCCGUCGACCUGGCCAACCCCGCCGCUAUGAGGUGUCUGCUCAAGCACUACGAUGGCACGCUGACGGGGCAGCAGCUGGUGUAUCUGCCGCGCAAUCCCCUCCCCUUGCGCAUGACUGAUGACUACGGCAGGGCGCUGCUGGACGUGUAUCGCUGUCUGCUCGAUCGGGAGCCAUCGCUGGCGUGCGAGGAGACAGGGACGCGGUGCAACGCCUUCCACAUGGCGGCAGUGAGAGGCGAUAUCGUGUCCAAGGACUUCCUGCACACAUACUUGGACAUGCUUAAGGACCACGGCGGCAACAUCAGGGGUUUGGACCUCGACCAGGCGACCCCGGUCCACGCGGCUGCGGCGUAUCAGAACUCGCCCUGA